ACAUGCCAUUUGAGAAGAAAAGAGGGUGAGAAAGUAGCAGCUAAGGGAACACCGCACCGCACCGAAUUGUUUGCAGUCCAAUGCAACCAGAUGAGGAAGAAACGCUGUCACCGCUUCCAAGAGAAAAAGAUUGAUGGAAAAGCAGAGGAUUCAAGAAAUGAGAACCGACCUCCAUUGAUGGCUCUGAACCACGUUUCAAGGCUGUGUAGAAAUGUGAAGGAAUCUAUAGAUUUCUACACAAAGGUGCUGGGAUUUGUUCAGACUGAGAGGCCCCAAGCUUUGGACUUUGAGGGUGCAUGGUUGUUCAACUAUGGAGUCGGUAUCCACUUGGUGCAGUCCAAGGAAGAAGAUCAGAGAUUGCCUUCCGAUGCUCAACACUUAGAUCCCCAGGACAACCAUAUAUCUUUUCAGUGUGAAGAUCUGGAAGCAAUGGAGAAGAAGUUGAUGGAGAUGAAUGUGAAGUACGUGAAAAGGACUCUGGAGGAAGAAGAUGGAACGAAAAUGGACCAGAUAUUCUUCAACGACCCAGAUGGAUUCAUGGUAGAGAUAUGCAACUGCGAGAAUCUGAAACUCGUACCUGUUGAGUCACUCAACAAGAUCAAGAUCCCGAUGGAUCGCCACACGCCACCCAUGGAGACAAAUCAGACAUAGUCAAACUUUGCCUUUUCAAAUGCUUCUUCAUCUUGCUUCGUUAGCUUUCAUGCUGAGUUUGUCGUCUCAUACAACUAUUCUUAAGUUUUAACUUCCGCUAUAUAUAUCUUCAACUUCUGCUAACUUCUAUUCUUGAGUUUGAA